GUAACUUACAUACUGUGUUUGUGAAAAGAAGUAAAAUUAUAAAACUAAGAAUUAUCAGAAAAAGAUUGAAAAUGAUGACCAAACGUUUUACUGUAAUAUGCUUAGUUAUGUUUACGUUUAUCAUGUUAGCAUGUUGUCACACUAACAUCAUGGCAUUUCGUGAGCCGAAUUUUGCUGGGAUUGCAACCAAUUGCGUGGACGUUUGUAAUGUGACAGAGCUUAUAUCUUACCGAUUUCUUAGUGGAUCUUGCAUGCAGAUUUUAGAGGGGAAAUUAGUAUUUUUCAAGGAAGAUAACCCCGACACCGACUAUUACUACAAUGGCCAGAUCAAUUCAUGUUCAACUUAUUCGAUGACUAUAGAAUGUCCAAAGGGAACUUUUCUCAGAAAAAUAGAGUGGAAGGAAGACUCUGAAUUGAAGGAGGGGGUCAAAUUGAGAUGUAGCAAACCGGAAUCAACUUAUCUUAUUCCAGCAAACAAUAUUUUUCCUAAUAAAAACUCAAUCGCCGCGAAAGAAGAUAAAGGAAGAACCUGUGCAGCAUUUAAAGAGCUUCCAAUCAAGAGAGAUAUUUCAAAGGAGGCAGAUGUCGAUUUUCUCAUCGGAGCGGAUUGCAAACCCGAGAACGUAACGGAAUUUGACAACAUAUUAAAAUGCAAAAAUUUGAGUGCCAUCUCUGGGAUGAUUUUUUCCAUUGAGACUGAAACAAAAUACAUCAAAUCGUCGAAUGUGAUAUGUAACGAUGUACCAAACAUUGCCGCUUUAUGUGAGGUAGACGACAAAAAACAAAGGCUGCAGCUGUCUUCCGAGUCUACGAAAACAAUUGGUGUAGGACUCGCGCCACUAUCGGACUUGUCUGAAGCAGAAAAAAAUCAGCUUUCCUUCUACAGCAACUUUCAACUAGAAACUGAGUAUACAUUAUUGUCAAAUUUUAAAAAUAACCUUGGAAUAAGUAGAGCAACUGGUUAUGACUGGCGAUCUGCUCCAAAAAGCACUUGGGAAAAAGAGCAUACCGUGACUAUUCAGAUCGAAACAUCUCCAAAAUGUAACACAGAAAUUUUUGAAAUUGUGGGCAGGUGUUCGUAUAUGGUUAUUCGACCUUAUUUUAUAGAGCGAAUCGACAAUUGCUUAGGAAGCUCAUUUAAUAGAAUACAAAAAUUUCCACAGAAUAGUCAUACAAAAAUUUAUGUAAGCGAACUUCCCGAUUCAAUUAGAAAUAAUAAUUUAUAUGAAUGAUUCAAAAAUCUAUUUUUUUGUUUAAUAAAAAAUCUACA